AUUUCUACGUUAGAAUAUUGUAGAAUAUUUCGUUUUGCGAGUUGUGCAUUCGGGAAAAUUGGAUAACGUGGAGCUGUAAAUAAUGGCGAAUGCAGAAUCACUUGCGGAAGUGACAGAUGUUGUACAAAUUCUUCGACAAUGGGAGGAUGAACAUAGUUCUGCAAACUAUGAUCCUAUCCCUAUCCUCCAAAGACUAGCAGAAAUAAUAGAGUUGGAAACAGAAAAUUAUUUAAAGAUGGAUCCUGAUCCUUUUGAUGAAAGACAUCCAUCACGUACUGAUCCAGAAUGUAACUUUGGACAUAUACUGAAAGUCCUAUUUAGAAAGGAUAACUUCAUGACAAAGUUGAUAAAUGACUACCUGAGAGAUAGUUACUGGACGCGGGCAGGAAUAAAUGGGAGAGAUGUUAGAAAACUCAAUAUCGCUGCAUGUCGCCUGAUGUUGGAUAUACUUCCUGGUUUGGAGACUUCAGCAGUAUUUCAGCCAGAUAUGGAAGGUCUUAUCAACAGAUUAUUUAACUGGGCAGAAAAGAGCAUUGAGCCGCUGCAGAGUUAUUCAACUGGACUUCUAGCAGCCGCAAUGGAAGUGCAAGAUAUUGCCACUGGAUUUAGAGAUCAGAAUGCCAAGAUGGUGCCACUGAUGUUGCAACGGUUGCACAAAUUGCAGCACAGAGCACAUGAAGAUCGUCAAGUAGCAGCAAACACUAGACCGUUUGCUCAUUUUGGGCAGGACAGGAACAAUAUCAGUAACGAUUCCGAUAGCAAAAGUGUACCCGGUAAACGGAAAGUGCGGGAAAAACGAUACGAUAACGGUAUCACAAAGAGUCCAGCGCAGGACUUACUCUUUUCCGACGAGGAUGACUCCACGCGCAAUUUCGACGACGUACCGAUCUCCAAGAAGAAAAGAAACAACUCUGAUUGCGACCAAACACCAGUGAAAGGUAGCAACGAUACCUCGUAUCCUGAAAUCAUGUCUCCACCAUUAUGUAUACCGAAAACACCGAUCAACUCGACCAACUCACAAAUGACGCCGUCCAAGCAGAGUGGCAUGCAGCUGUCAUCGAGGCAUACGAAUCUACCUUGUGUUCGUAAUUUACAAAAAUCCGGUCUGUCACUCAAUUCCAGCGCGCAUUCUUCGUUGUUGGAGGGUAAUUCAAAUUCGUCUUGGGCGGAGAUGGAGUCAUACGUGAUUGGUAACGUGCAGAUGCAUCCACCGACUCUCGCGACUAGGCAAAUUUUGAUUUUGCGCUAUCUCACGCCCAUGGGCGAAUAUCAGGAAUUUCUCGGCCACGUAUUUGAGCAAAAUGCAUUAGAGCUGAUUCUGAAUUAUAUAAAUGUGCGCGAGACCAAGGACAGUAGACUGGCCUUUGAGGCUCUUAAGUACCUCGCGUCGUUGCUCUGCCACAAAAAGUUCUCGAUAGAAUUCCUUAACGUCGGCGGCCUGCAACGAUUAUUGGACGUACCGAGACCCAGUGUGGCGGCGACUGGUGUUUCCAUUUGUCUCUAUUACUUAGCGUACUGCGAAGAUGCUAUGGAGCGUGUGUGCCUACUGCCAAAGCACAUCAUAUCAGAUCUCGUGACUUACGCGUUAUGGUUACUGGAACGUAGCCAUGACUCUGGACGAUGUCACGCGACCAUGUUUUUCGGUUUUUCUUUUCCAUUCAAAGUUAUACUGGAAGAGUUUGAUGCACAGGAUGGUUUGAGGAAAUUGUUCAACGUGAUAUCUACUUUGUCCAUUUUAAACAUUGAAGAAGAGUCUGUUAUAAAUGAUGAUGAGGAGUGUGCAUCAAGGCAGAUAGUAAGACACGUAGCGGUUGCUUUAAAGAGAUACAUGGAAGCACACCUGCAUCUGAAAGCCGAACAACUACAAAGGGCAGAAAAUGUUAGAACUGACCGCGAUACAUGGCAGCCUUCCUUACCGCCCUACAAGGCAUGUAAACUUAGCAGUGAGGAAGUUCAGGCAAAAGUGGAGAUACUUCAGGAAUUAAUGUCAGUCAGAGCAAUGUGGUCACCAGUUGAGAAAUUACAUCGUUUGGGUGGUAUUACGUUGCUUUUGCAAAUCAUAGCUUUCGCUCGCGAAUGGAAUUACAGUGGACGGGCACACAUGCAGCACACUUCCAGUGCAGAAACAGUAAGAUCAUGUUUGGAUGUGAUUGCAAUCUGUUCCGUUGUUCCUAAAGUCAUGUUGCUGUUAUGUGAAAGGGUCGAUAUGCCAGAUAUGUCGAUGACAAUGGCGAUUAAUCUGUUACUAGCCGCGGCUGAGUGCGAAAUUGUUGCGGAUGCCGAUGUACAAAAAGCCGCGCUCAGAGCUGUGAUUAAUUGCGUGUGUGCUCCCAUUAAUAGGAUUGGUGGAAACGUAGCUAGAUACUCCAUAACCGGAUCCGCUAAAAAGAAGACAAACAUUCACAACAGCGAAGAAUUGAUACAGAAAAUCUGGGAGAGUGUCAGGUCGAAUAACGGAAUAAUGGUGUUACUGCAGUUAAUGAUGGUGAAGACACCUAUCACUGAUGCUGAUAGUAUACGAGCAUUAGCAUGCCGUGCAUUAGCUGGACUAGCACGUAGUGAGAAAGUUAAGCAGAUUAUUAGUAAGUUACCAAUGUUCACUGACGGUCAAAUACAGUCUCUUAUGAGAGAUCCUAUCUUGCAAGAAAAACGGCAGGAGCACGUUACCUUCCAAAAAUAUGCUCUUGAAUUGAUAGAAAGAGUAUCUGGUAAAGCAAAACCAACAGGUGCAGAGUAUGAAAUGUCUUUAGUCAGUUUACACAGGGCAAAUGUUGUAGCGCAAACAAGGAUACAAUAUAAUGAACAACAACUUAAUCAAUUAAUAUAUCAGCAUCUCAUGUCGAAGGGUUUAACUGAAACAGCUAAUAUAUUGCACAGAGAAGCAAGCCUGGAUUCGUCUGCACUUAUGAAAUCUAUAGCAACAUAUCAACCGUUUACAUACCGGAAUCCCGUAAACGUAACUCCAAGAAACAGCUUUUCUCCUGGUGCUCCCGUCAAUUUAUACAAUACAAGCAGGUGUACAUCAAGAGAAACCACUUGUAGGAACAACGCUACUCCCACAUCGUCAUCUCGAUUUAUAUCCCAUGCGACUUCAUGUACUAACUCACCAACCGUCAACAGUAACGUUCGCCUAAAAUUUACGGACUGUUUGAAUCAAAAUGUCAUUUCAAAUAUAGUCAACCAGCCGAUUAAAUUACAAAUUAGUCAGAGGAAAUCAACGUCAUCCGAUAAAGCACCUCUAGUCACUUCAACUAAUUCUCAGUCUGUAGUACAAAUACAGCUUACUACUUGUAGAUCAUUACAGAAACAAAUUUCCAGAGAUCCUGGAGGUGGUGGAGGACCUGGUGUAGUCACCUCCAACGUAUCUGUCACAUUAGACUCUAUUAUUACAGAAUAUCUAACCAACCAACACGCUCUCUGUAAAAAUCCUAUGGUGACAUGUGCACAGUUUAAUCUUUUUGAGCCACACAAAUGUCCAGACCCCUGUAUAAAAAAUUCCUCACCUAUAAAUGUGACAGUAAGAUUAGCAAGACGGUCGUUAGGAAUGGAUAGCAGAAAGUUAGAUAGGAGAUACAUUUACAGCCGUUUCUGUCCUGUGAAAACCUUCCGGCCUACCGACGUGGGAGGAAUCUUCACUUGUUGCGCUUUUUCGCCAUGUACACAAUACCUUAUUUUGGGCACUCAUGCUGGUGACAUCAAAAUGUUCAAUACGCAUACGGGAAUGGAGGAGGCGACUUACCAGUGCCAUGAAUCGUAUGUGUAUCAUAUGGAAUGUAAUCAACGUGGUAAUCUUUUAUUAACCUCAACUGCUUGGAGAACUCCUAUGUCAGCACUCUGGGAUAUGGAUUCAUUCUUUGAGAUGAAACUACCCUUGGACAAUGAAGAUUAUGUCGAAUUCGGAAAGUUACAGGACAGGAUAAUUGGUACACAAGGAGAAAGCGCGACGAUAUACGACAUAGGAACGGGGAAAUUAUUAACAACUUUGACACCAUCAAUUUCGAAUCAGUACACGAAAAAUCGCGCGACGUUCAGCAUGAACGAUGAAUUGGUACUUAGUGACGGAAUAUUAUGGGAUGUUAAUUCGGGCAAAGAAAUUCAUAAAUUCGACAAAUUAAAUCAAGCAUUGAACGGAGUCUUUCAUCCGAACGGGAUGGAGGUUGUGUCCAACACUGAAGUGUGGGAUUUGAGAACGUUUCAUCUACUCAAGACGGUUCCCACUUUAGACGAAAUGGAGAUAAUUUUCUCGCCGGUCAACAAUAUUAUAUAUGCAAUGUCAUUAGACCAAGAAACCGAUGAGGCUCAUUUUGCAACUUCCUUCAAAACCCUAGAUGCUUUCGAUUACAGUAAUAUCGCGACUUACGACGUAAAAAGAGGAAUUUAUGGUCUUGCGUGUAACAAGUACGAUACGCAGAUUGCUAUAGUAGAGAACGCGGGUGAAUUCUCAAGUAUACAGGAAUCAUGCGUUAGAUUGUACGAUGUUGGAAGACGCAGAGAUGAUGAAGAUGAAGCCGACGAGGAUGAUGAGGAAGAAGACCUCGACGCCAGUGACGAUGAUGGUUCAAACUCAGGAUCUGAUGAUAAUAACGCAGACGCAGAUGGUGAUAACGCAGAUGCUGGUGCUGAGGACAACGGUGACGAUAACGAGCAGAAUGAUAGGGAAAACAAUGAUGAUGACGAUGAUGACGAUGAAGAUGGCGGCGAUGGAGAUGAUUCUGAUGAAGACAGUGUGGAUUAUGAUCCUAACGCUGACACCAACGAUAUCUCAGACGACUUCUCCUUGUCGGACAUAGAUGAUCUGGAAAUAUUGUUCUCGUGAACGUCUGAUAAUUAUAUGUAUAUAAAUAAAUA